GUCAGUCAGCAGCUCAGCGGACCGCCUUCACCAGAAAGCUUCAAAUACAAGCGGAGAGCAGCAGCUAGCAGCGACCCACAGAGACCUGAACAGGAGGCUUAGUCUACCGGAGGAGAUACUUCCACCUGACGCACACACUUACUCACUCCACCUCAACCUGAGACAGAAAGAACCAAACUACCAAAAACACGAGAAGCUGAAACUCCGAGCAAAGCGAGGGUCACCGAAGGAGCUUUGUUAGCAGCUCCGCGCAUGCGUAGUUUAGCCCGCAAGCUAGCUCGAGGAAGAAAGGCCGCCGAGUCGACCCAGCGUCGUUUAUUUAACGGAUCGUGAAGAAGAAUCCUGGCACACUACGGUUGCCACUCACUGCUCGCUUCAGAAAACUUCAGAUAAGAGAGGAAACACACCGAGAGAGGAUGGCUUUGAAGAGGAUUCACAAGGAGCUCAACGAUUUUUCUCGUGACCCUCCUGCACAGUGCUCAGCCGGCCCAGUGGGUGACGACAUGUUUCACUGGCAAGCUACAAUCAUGGGACCUAGCGACAGUCCAUAUCAGGGAGGGGUUUUCUUCUUGACAAUUCAUUUUCCAACAGACUACCCCUUCAAACCACCCAAGGUUGCAUUUACAACAAGAAUUUACCACCCAAACAUUAACAGUAAUGGCAGUAUCUGUCUGGAUAUUCUCAGAUCACAGUGGUCUCCUGCACUUACUAUUUCAAAAGUACUUCUCUCCAUUUGCUCACUCCUAUGUGACCCAAACCCUGACGACCCAUUAGUGCCAGAGAUUGCACGAAUGUACAAAACAGAUAACAUGAAAUACACCAAAACAGCAAAAGAAUGGACAAGCAAAUAUGCAAUGUGAUGGUUGGAAAGCCGGUGGGGAAAUGACGUUGCUGGUUCAAACAAAAAAAGAUCCAGGAUUUUUUUUUUCUUUUUCACUUUUUUUCUGUUUUGUUAAUCAGAGCAUUUUACCCCUUACUUUUUCCACCUGCGCUCAUAAGAAGAUAGUGUUUUCUCUCCAGGACACGUGCCAGUUUCUGUGAAGUUUUGACUCCUAUUUUGUCAGGAGUUUAAAAAAGGAAAAAAAAAAAUCACCAUGGUGCUGAACAGCUUGAGCAUGCCCCGAUAAGUUUUUCAAGCCGUAAUUGGUGAUGUUAUUUACUCUGCACACACUUGUAGAAUUUGAUGCAACUGGUCUAACACUGAACACCGUAUCAGCCGCACAGUGAUCCAUUUUUAAAAGGAGAGUCCGGAUCCUGUGUGGUUGAUAUUUACUUCACUGUGGGCUGGAUUACUCAAAGCACUUGUAGAGAAACCUGUCUUUUGCCAAACACUCAUAAAUCUUAGAGUUUUGGUAAAACUCGGCUGCAUUUUGUUUCAAAUUGGACAAAUCUAACAAAAGGGGGAAAAUUGCCAUUUCUCUGAAAGAUUCUGAAACUGGUUCGCAACUCCUGUAUUCGCUUCCUGGACUGGUGUGACGUCGGUAUGUUCUUCUGAUCAUUAGUAUAGGAAUCUAUUACCUGAGGAAAGAAGUGUAUCUUAUUCCACCAUCAGAGUGUGUGUACAGAGAAGCACAGCAGUAUAUAUCAAUGUUAAGGAAACAAAAUAUAAGAACUUCAAUGUUGUAUUUUAUGCAUGUUAAUAAAGGUAGGAUAUUAUAUCUGAUAUGUUUCUGCAAAUUAAGUGGAUUGUCAGGCUGAACAGUUGGAAAUUUGGUUCCCCUCAAAGGCUUUCUUUUUUCUUUUUCAUUAUUUAGAAGCCAGUAGAUGAGUUUUUAGUUCUAUGCCCACUCAAACACUGUCUUCUUGUAGCCCUAAAAUAUUGAUGCUGAGCUGAUGGUUGAUAAUCAACUUGUGGCUCUGCUUUCUUUUAGUUUCCCUUCAAUAAAGUUACUCAAACCAUAAA